AUGCUGAAGUUUUCGCCGACCACCGCAAGCCAGAUUCGCUUUCUCCUCCAAAGCCUCAACGAUGCCAACUUUGACUCUGUGCUCCUAGAGCUCUCUCAGUUUACUGAAUAUGGAAUUGAGGGAAGCAUUUUGCUGCUCCAGACCUGUCUGGGUCAUCUCACUAAUUACGGAACAGACUUGAAGAAUGUGGCACUGGAACGGGUUCUUUCCUCAGUUUUUAAAUAUCUUCUUGACAGACCUAAUUUCACUACAGUGUUUUGUGAGUCCCUAAGAAAUACAGAGAUCAAUGAAGGAAUUCUAGAGAAUUUCUCGAAUGCAUUACACCUGUCUGUAUGUGAGAAGAUUGCCAUUGGUCUUGCAUUGUCAGAUUCUGAAAACCUAGACAGCAGGACAUGUGGCAAGAACUUCUGUAUGGCUCAGAUCCAGAAGUUGUGUGAAAAUCCUGUUGCGAUGAAUUCUUCUGAGCAAAUUCAGAACACUGUUAUGUUCCUCCAGCGGUCUGAGGGCCUUUCCAAGCAUGUGGAUUCCUUUAUGCAGAUGUUAUCUUUAUUACAGCUGAAAGAUGACAGUUUGUUUGUUCUAACUCCAUUGCUUUCAGAUGAGCUUCGUGAUGCCAAUUUUUUGAGCAAUGUGGGUUUGUUCCAUGAAAGUGGAGAAAAUGAUUUUGAUGCUAUUUUAGCAGAAAUGGAGAAGGAAAUGAGCAUGGGAGAUAUAAUGAAGGAAUUAGGUUAUGGAUGCACAGUUGAUUCAUCUCAGUGUAAAGAGAUUUUAUCCCUUUUCUUACCACUCACUGAGUUUACUAUCUCAAAAAUACUUGGCAUGAUUGCCUGUACUCACGCUGGUCUCGAGGACAAUCAGAAUACAUUCUCAACCUUCCGGUUGGCGCUUGGUGACAGCACUUUGUCUGAUAUGCCUAUGUUGAACACCUGGAAUAUUGAUGUCCUUGUAGAUACAAUCAAGCAACUUGCUCCCGGCACCAACUGGAUACGGGUUAUGGAAAAUUUGGAUCAUGAGGGAUUUUACAUUCCUAAUCAGGAGGCUUUCUCUUUUUUCAUGUCUGUAUAUCAGCAUGUGUGUCAGGAGCCCUUUCCCCUCCAUGUCAUCUGUGGGUCUGUCUGGAAGAAUACCGAGGGUCAGCUCUCCUUUCUUAGACAUGCUGUAUCAGCACCACCUGAAGUGUUUACCUUUGCUCAUUCUGUUAGGCAGCUGGCCUAUAUUGAUGCUGUGCAUGGCCAUAAGCUUCAACUUGGACAUGCAAAUCAUGCUUGGUUGUGUCUUGACGUUUUGGAUGUACUGUGUCUACUAGCUGAGAGGGGUCAUGCUCUUGCAGUUCGAUCGAUGCUUGAGUAUCCGCUUAAACACUGUCCUGAAGUCCUGCUUCUUGGGAUGGCACAUAUAAAUACUGCAUACAACCUGCUGCAAUAUGAAGUGUCUUUUACUGUUUUCCCCAUGAUAGUAAAAAAUUCCAUGGGCAGUGGCAUGAUUAACCACCUCUGGCAUAUUAACAUCUCGCUGGUGCUGCGGGGAUUCGUUGAUGCUCACAAUAGUGAUCCAGAUAGCAUGGCUAGAAUAUUGGAUAUCUGUGAAGAGCUAAAGAUUCUGUCAUCUGUCUUAGAGAUGAUUCCUUCCCCUUUUAGUAUCAGACUGGCAGCUCUUGCUUCCAGAAAAGAGUUUAUAGACCUUGAGAAGUGGUUGAGUAAUAAUUUGAAUACAUAUAAAGAUACUUUCUUUGAGGAGUGCGUCAAGUUCUUGAAGGAGAUUCAAUUUGGUGGAUCACAGGAUUUUUCCACCAGACCUUUCCAACAUUCUGGUGCUGUGUCAAAUCUUUAUGUGGACACUGCUGCUACAUUCUCGAAGGUUCUUAAAGCUCAUGUUGGCUUGAUUACCUCUAGCCAACUUACUGAGGACAUGGAAAGAUUGUCUGUAACAAUUAUGGAUUCUAAUCCAAGGCUGCAGAAUGGUGGCACCACAGAGUCAUCAACUGAUGGAUAUGCAGAUGAUAUUGAAGCGGAAGCAAACUCUUACUUCCAUCAAAUGUUUUCUGGUCAGUUGACAAUUGAUUCAAUGGUCCAAAUGCUUGCCCGAUUCAAGGAAUCUUCUGUAAAAAGGGAACAGUCAAUUUUUGAAUGCAUGAUUGCUAAUCUGUUUGAAGAGUACAGAUUCUUCCCCAAGUAUCCUGAAAGACAGCUCAAAAUUGCUGCAGUUCUCUUUGGUUCUGUCAUCAAGCACCAGCUUGUAACUCAUCUGACUCUUGGGAUUGCUCUGCGUGGUGUUUUAGAUGCAUUACGCAAGCCUGCGGAUUCAAAAAUGUUUGUGUUUGGAACUAAGGCUUUGGAGCAGUUUGUGGAUCGUCUGAUUGAGUGGCCGCAGUAUUGCAAUCACAUUCUUCAAAUAUCACAUCUGCGUAGUACUCAUUCAGAGCUCGUGGCUUUCAUUGAACAGGCUCUUGCUAGGAUUUCAUCGGGCCAUUCAGACUCAGAUGGAAGCAACCAUGCUUCUGCUCAUCACCACGGUCCUAGUCAAGCUUCCUCAGGAAAUGUGGAGUUAAAUGGUUCGAGCAUCUUACAUACUGGGCAGCAACUAUCAUCUCCUCUCCAGCUUCAACAGAGACAUGAAAGUUCUCUUGAUGACCGUCAUAAAGCCUCAACUUCAUCCAAUGACAUAAAGCCACUUUUAUCUUCUGUUGUGCAACCUUCGGUUAUUCCUUUAGGCGAUGCUCCUAUCACAAAGUACAGUCAGUGCUCCGCAAUGUUGUCUUCUUCUUCCCCAGGUUUUGUUCGUCCUUCACGAGGAGUAACUUCUACAAGGUUUGGCUCUGCUUUGAACAUUGAAACAUUAGUUGCUGCUGCUGAGAAAAGAGAAACUCCCAUUGAGGCUCCAGCAUCAGAGGUUCAGGACAAGAUAUCAUUUAUAAUUAAUAAUAUUUCAGUUGCUAAUGUUGAAGCUAAGUCAAAGGAGUUUACAGAAGUAAUGAAAGAUCAAUACCAUCCUUGGUUUGCGCAGUAUAUGGUUAUGAAAAGGGCAAGCAUUGAGCCAAAUUUUCACGACUUGUACCUGAAAUUUCUGGACAAAGUUAAUUCUAAGGGUUUGAAUAAGGAGAUUGUUCAAGCUACUUAUGAGAACUGCAAGGUUCUUCUUGGAUCAGAGCUUAUAAAAUCAAGCUCAGAAGAGCGCUCAUUGUUAAAAAAUUUAGGGAGCUGGCUUGGGAAGCUUACAAUUGGAAGGAAUCAAGUCUUAAGGGCUCGUGAAAUAGAUCCCAAGUCUUUGAUUAUAGAGGCAUAUGAGAAAGGGUUGAUGAUUGCAGUUAUACCCUUUACUUCAAAGAUUCUGGAGCCAUGCCAAAGUAGCCUGGCAUACCAACCACCAAAUCCCUGGACAAUGGGUAUUCUUGGAUUACUUGCUGAGAUCUAUUCAAUGCCAAACUUAAAGAUGAACCUGAAGUUUGACAUAGAGGUUCUAUUCAAGAAUCUUGGCGUGGAUUUGAAGGAGAUAACACCAAGUUCUCUUCUCAAGGAUCGCAACAGAGAACUUGAAGGGAAUCCUGAUUUCUCUAACAAAGAUGUUGGAGCAUCCCAACCACAGAUGGUUGCUGAAGUGAAAUCUGGAAUCAUAUCUCCACUAAAUCAAGUUGAUCUACCACUUGAUGUUGCGCCAUCUUCUGGGAGCCAUACACAUCUUUUACCUCAGUAUGGCACUCCUCUUCAUCUUCCACCUGGUACCUUUAACGAGGAUGAGAAGCUUGCUGCUUUAGGGUUGUCUGAUCAGAUUCCUUCUGCUCAAGGACUGUUACAAGCUACUCCGUCACAAUCACCGUUUUCUGUGAGUCAGCUUCCCACUCAAAUACCUAAUAUCGGAACUCACGUAAUCAUUAACCAGAAGCUAACUGGCUUGGGAUUGCAACUGCAUUUUCAGAGAGUGGUUCCAAUCGCAAUGGACAGAGCUAUCAAAGAGAUAGUAUCUGGUAUUGUUCAGCGCAGUGUUUCUAUAGCUACCCAGACCACUAAAGAGCUUGUUUUAAAGGAUUAUGCCAUGGAAUCAGAUGAGACGAGAAUAUUUAAUGCAGCUCACUUGAUGGUUGCGAGUUUGGCAGGAAGUCUAGCUCAUGUGACAUGCAAGGAACCUUUGCGCAGUUCAAUAUCAACUCAGCUCAGGAAUUCCCUUCAGGGAUUAAAUAUUGCCAGUGAUCUUCUAGAACAUGCUGUACAACUUGUUACUAAUGAUAAUCUGGAUCUUGGCUGUGCAGUUAUUGAACAGGCUGCGACUGAUAAGGCCAUACAAACAAUUGACGGGGAAAUAGCUCAACAGCUCUCAUUAAGAAGGAAGAGAGAUGGUGUUGGUGCAACCUUUUUUGAUACUAACAUCUAUACUCAAGGUUCCAUGGGCGUUGUGCCAGAGGCCCUUCGCCCUAAACCCGGCCAUUUGUCCCUUUCUCAACAGCGAGUUUAUGAGGACUUUGUUCGGCUUCCCUGGCAGAACCAGUCUAGCCAGAACUCGCAUGUUCUUCCUGCUGGUACUCCAGCAUCAGGACAACUUAACACAGGCUACUCAGCAGGCCCUGGAAGCAAAUUUGAUGCAGUUUCUCGUCCGCUGGAUGAGGGCAUUGAACCCAAUUCAUCUCUGCAUCUUAGUGCUUCCUCUAUUCAUGUCGGGGUGGGUGAUGGUGUUUCCCAGCAGAGUUCUGAAAAUGAUUCUGUCAUUGGUUCAUUUCCUUCUGCUGCUUCUGCCCCAGAGCUACAAUCAGUAGAGUCGUCUGAUGCUGUAAAGGAAUCUGGAGUUUCUUCACAGCCACUACCUUCACCUGCUGUAACUGAGCGUCUUGGAAGUAACAUUUCAGAACCUUCUCUCAACACGAGGGAUGCAUUGGAUAAAUACCAGAUUGUGGCACAAAAGUUGGAAGCUCUGGUAACUAGUGAUGCUAGAGAUGUAGAAAUUCAGGGAGUCAUUGGUGAAGUUCCUGAGAUUAUACUCAGGUGUGUUAGUCGAGAUGAGGCUGCCUUGGCUGUGGCUCAAAAGGUUUUCAAGGGUUUAUACGAGAAUGCAUCCAACCAUAUUCAUGUCGGUGCUCAUCUUGCAAUCCUGACUGCCAUUCGUGAUGUUUGCAAGCUUGUUGUUAAGGAGCUCACUAGUUGGGUUAUUUAUUCCGAGGAGGAGCGGAAGUUUAACAAAGAUAUUACUGUUGGCCUUAUUCACAGUGAAUUGCUAAACCUUGCAGAGUACAAUGUUCAUAUGGCCAAACUUAUUGACGGUGGCAGGAAUAAGCCUGCAACUGAGUUUUCCAUUUCCCUUCUCCAAACUUUGGUGAUUGAAGAAUCUAAAGUUAUAUCAGAACUUCAUAAUCUUGUCGAUGCUUUGGCUAAGCUUGCUGCAAAGCCUGGAUCUCCUGAGUCACUACAGCAGCUGGUUGAAAUGGUGAAGAAUCCUGCUUCUAAUGUGGCUGCUCCAUCUGCUAGUAAUGUUGGAAAGGACGACAAGGCCAGACAAUCUAGAGAUAAAAAGGCUCCUGUUCACUCUCCUGUGAACAGGGAAGACUUUAGUAAUGUGGAGUCUCUGGAACCUGAUCCUGCUGGUUUCCGUGAGCAGGUGUCAAUGCUGUUCGCUGAGUGGUACCGGAUUUGUGAACUUCCUGGUGCAAAUGACGCAGCUUGUGCCCAUUUCAUCUUACAGUUGCAUCAAAAUGGUCUGCUGAAGGGGGAUGAAAUGACAGAGCGGUUUUUUCCGCGUCCUCACAGUGAGUUUUCAAUUUAUAGAAUGGAGCUUUCUGUUGCACAUUGUGUGUCUUCUGAGGUGAUGAAUCCAGGCACAUUGCAAACACCACAACAAGUGCAGAGUCUCUCCUUCCUUGCCAUUGAUAUCUAUGCUAAACUUGUCUUCUCAAUUUUGAAGGGAUCGAAUAAACUAUUUCUCUUGACUAAGAUUUUAACAGUCACAGUGAGAUUCAUUCAAAAGGAUGCAGAGGAAAAGAAAGCAUCUUUCAAUCCAAGACCAUAUUUUAGAUUGUUUGUUAACUGGCUGCUGGACCUUGGUUCUCUGGAUCCUGUGGUUGAUGGUGCUAACUUUCAGAUCUUGUCAGCAUUUGCAAAUGCAUUUAAUGCUUUGCAGCCUGUUAAAGUUCCUACAUUCAGCUUUGCAUGGCUCGAGUUGGUGAGUCAUAGGAGUUUUAUGCCAAAAAUGCUCGCUGGGAAUGGCCAGAAGGGCUGGCCCCUUAUCCAACGUUUGCUGGUACACUUGUUUCAAUUCAUGGAGCCAUUUUUGAGGAACGCUGAACUAGGAGUUCCGGUUCAUUUCCUGUAUAAAGGCACACUUAGGGUGCUGCUAGUUCUACUUCAUGAUUUCCCAGAAUUUCUCUGUGAUUAUCACUUUACCUUCUGUGAUGUUAUUCCUCCAAGCUGCAUUCAAAUGCGAAAUAUUAUUCUCAGUGCAUUUCCCCGUAAUAUGAGGCUGCCGGAUCCAUCUACUCCGAACUUAAAGUCUCCACGUAUUCUUUCCGAGGUUGAUGCAACUCUAAAAUUGAAGCAGAUGAAAACCGAUGUGGACGAGUAUCUCAAGACAAGGCAACAAGGUUCUUCAUUUCUGACUGAACUGAAGCAAAAAUUGCUACUUCCAUCAAACGAUGUUGCCUUAGCUGGUACUCGUUACAACGUACCCCUCAUCAACUCCCUUGUGCUUUAUGUUGGGAUGCAGGCUAUCCAGCAGCUUCAGUCUAGAACACCUCAUGCACAGUCUACCCAAAGUGUUCCAUUCGCUGUCUAUUUGGUGGGUGCUGCUUUGGAUAUUUUCCAGACUCUGAUAGUGGACCUAGAUACUGAAGGGCGCUACCUUUUCCUAAAUGCGAUUGCAAACCAACUGCGCUAUCCAAACACUCAUACCCAUUACUUUUCGUUCAUUGUUCUUUACUUGUUUGCCGAAUCAAACCAGCAUGAAAUAAUCCAGGAGCAAAUCACAAGAGUACUGUUGGAACGUCUGAUUGUUAAUCGGCCGCAUCCAUGGGGUCUUCUGAUUACCUUCAUUGAGCUUAUCAAGAACCCUAGAUACCAGUUCUGGAACCGCGCUUUCAUACGGUGUGCGCCAGAGAUUGAAAAACUCUUUGAAUCUGUCUCAAGAUCUUGCGGCGGUCCAAAACCUGUGGAUGAAAGCAUGGUCUCAGGUUGGGUAUCGGAGAGUGCACACUGA